UAUCGCGAAUCAGCUGGUUUUUCUACGGUUGAUUGUGUCGCCCCUCGUCGAUUAAUAAAUUUCAUUUUAGUCGACUACCGACGCUACUUACGAGCGCAAUUCUUUUCUGUUUUUUUUUUAGUAAUUUAAUCCAGUCGCUAAUUGCGAAAAAAAAAUUAAUCGAGUGGGUUGCAUGUCGUCGUCAAUGUCGUGCGCGAGUGUGAGGAAACGUGACUAAUAUGCGCGAAUAUUUCUCCUUUGAUUUGGAAUAGGUCUUUGUGGAAUUAUGCUUUAAUGGAAUAGUGGAAUAGGGUUGGAAGAAUGAGUACCAUUAAGGAGCUUGUGGACGUUUCCCAGGACGAUUUUACUCGGAGUAGAAUGUUAGAAGAUCUACACCUAGCUGCAGAACUGGGAAAGACACUCCUUGACCGAAACCGAGAAUUGGAAACUUUGCUCAAAGAAAAACAGACGACAAUCGAGGAUCAAAAGUUAGAAAUAGAGUAUCUCACAAAGCAAACGGUCGCACUAAAAGAAGUAAACGAUGCACGAUUGCGGAUCUACGAGCAACUCGAGGUCAGCAUCCAGGACCUGGAACGGACCAACCACCGACUCCAGCUGGAAAACACCACGGAAAAGAAAAACGCCAAAAGUCUAAACGCGAACGUCGAACAACUCGAGGCGAGAACCCAAGAGCUAACCGCCGCAAUCGAGGAAAUCCGAGAAUCGUCUGCAAAAGAAAUAAGUAAGUACGAGCGUCUAACCGCCGCGUUGGAAAGCCAACUGGAAAACCUGUGCCAGCAGAACCAGGCCCUGGAAAACCAACUGAGCCAACAGGAGGGCGAGUCGAGGAAAACCAGCGUGCAGGAUCUGGAUGAGGUCAGGUCGCAGAUCGACGCGUUGAAACGUAACAGUGACGUUGCGGCAACCAAAAGCCCGAAACGUGGCGAGGAAGCUUUUGCGAGUCAGAAAACUGAUGAGAACUCGGCUCCAAGGAAUUCUCGACUUCCUAACGCGACAUCUGUGGAAACUCAGCCUGAAUGCGACCAAAACUCCACCGACGAGGUGGAUGGGAGGAAUCACGAGGUGGACCAGAUCAUGGAGCAGCUGAGGAGGUACGAGCGACUGAAUGCCGAACUGGAAGAGCAGCUGAGCACGAAAAAUCAACAAUACGAAGAGCUGGAGAAGCAGCUCAACCAGCAGCAGGGUAGCAACAUGAUGAUGAGCAUGCACGAGGAGCUAAACACUUUGGACGAAGUUCGACAAGGCCAAAUGUGUAGCAAAUGCCUCAGGAACGUGGAUCGCUCCUCCGAUUUCCCUGAGGACGAUGAUCAGAGCAUGCUCAACGACCUCCUCACCGCCACUCCUCAGCACCGCUCCUCGUUCACCAUGAACGUACAGGACCACGUCGGUAACCAGUCCUCGCCACUCUCAACCCCACGGAACGCCAACCCUUACAAAGUCCUGGUAGAAAAAUACGAAGCACUGGUGGAGGUACAUCGAGGCAAUCCGCUCAAAACCUCCUCCUCCAAGUCCUUCCAGGAGGAGAUGCACCUGUCCGGAGAGUUCACCACCAGCACCAAAGACACCGACGAAGAAAGCGGACAUGGUGGCAGCCACAUCACCACCAAACAGCACAAACUCACCAGGAAAACGUUCUCCACCCCGACAGACUUCUCGGAGGCGGAAACCAGCUCUUCCGGUUUCUCAGACGAGACCAGCAACAAAUCCACUCAGACCGAUGGUAGGGUGGGCUCGUUCUUGUGCACGAUUGCCGACGGUGAAGACUGCAAGUUCAGCAUUUACGACGACGCCAGUCCGUUCGAUUCCCGUUUCAGGGAUCGACCCGAGUACCGGGAUCUUUUCAAGGAGAUCUUCAGGGUGCUGAAGAAGGCGGCGGAAAACAAGGCCGAAGGCGAGGAGCUACCGUUGCUAGAUGACGUAAGCAAAACAGUACCGCCGCAAGUACCCCCGGUGACACCGAUGAACGAACAGUUGCCGGAGUUUCCGGACGAUGACACGCAGAGCGUCAUGUCUUCAACCAUGUCGGAAUUGUCGACGCAAAACGAGACGACUACCAUCGUCGAGAGUAUUAUCGAGAGUCUAAACCAACCGAUUCCGGAGACAGUAGAACCACUUAAGGCAGAGUGUGUGUUGCGUCCCCUGGUACGCCAACCUCUGGAGUACGUCUCUAUUGAGACCAGAAAACGCUCCUCAUCCAGAAAGAAGAACAAAUACACCGAAAGAUCUGACUCCCCGAUGACCCACAUCAUCGGUAGUCCAAAGAUCACUUACUCGAGCAGACCGAACUCUGGCAGAAGGAGUAGGAAUAAUAAGCAGAGUCCGUCAGCUGCUGUAGACGAGAAUACUUGGAACGGGAACACCCUGCAGUUUUGGGCUACGACUAGGGCCAAUGUGGCCUCACCUACGCCCAGCCAGGGUAGUGGUAGAGGGUAUUUUGAAUAUAAACCGAGUCCUGCUUCACAGGACCUGAAUAAGCUGAAGAAUCUGGAGAAGACGUACGCGGAGGUGUUGAGGAGCGAUGUGAAGAAGCAAGAGAUGAGGAGGCACAGGAGGACCAAAUAAAGUGGAAUUUGGACCAGAUUUUAAGCUGUUGGGGUGUUUCAUUAAAUAAAAAGGAAGACGAUGCAAAGAGGAGAAAAAAAAGUUCUAUAGAUACUUUUUUUUAAUGAAGCACCCUGCCUGAAGAGUUUUUUUCUAAAAAUCCUGAAUAUUCUCAAGAAUUAUACAGUGGGGAACUAUAGCAAUAGUAAUAGUCCAGUCAAUGCAGUUCCAGGAGAACCACUCUAUAUAUAAUUUUUUUAUAAUGGGACACCCUGAAAUUUCUUUGAGUCUGUUUACCAACAUUAUUCUACUUACAAAGAGUCCCUUUUUUUAAAGUGUAUAUUUUAUUUACUUAUAUGAGGCUGAUGAUAUUUUUUUUAAUGUACAUAUGAGUUGUGAAUGUUUAUUUGUUUUUUUUUAUAUUAUUUGACUUCAUCAUGUUGUAUACGUUCGGCUUGUUUGUCCCAUUUAACCGCGAGAGAAGCUUAUACCGGACACGAUCUUUAUCAAGUUAUUAAAACCCUGAUGUUAAUAUGUGCCAAUUUGGAUAUAAUAGUGUUUAGCGGAUAGCAUAUAGGAGUUUUCGCUUGUUGUAUUAUCAUUUUGACUACGAAAUAUUUUGUUUUUUUGUGUGUACUACACGUUCGAAGCGUUUCUAGCGAUUCUACUAUACUCAGAACGAGAUCUUAAAAUUUUAGAGAAAAGUUCAAUAUUAGUAGUGUUUUUACGAUUAUGUAGUGAAGUAAUAUUUGUGAUUAAAUUAUUUUACUGUCCUUAA